ACAAUGGAAAACCAGACCACUGUAGACGAAUUUGUUCUUUUGGGGAUUUCUGAUGACGCAACAGUCCAAGUGUUCCUCUUCCUGAUAUUCUUGCCUAUUUACCUCAUAACCCUGCUAGGGAACGUGCUUAUCAUGCUGGUGAUAAAGACCGAUCCUCAACUACACACCCCAAUGUAUUUCUUCCUUAGUAACUUAUCCUUCAUCGACAUUUGCUAUUCCUCUGUCACGGUUCCCAAGAUGCUUGAGAGCCUCCUGGCAACAAAGAAGACCAUUUCUCUCAGUGGCUGCAUUGCUCAGAUCUUCUUUUUUAUUUUCAUGGUUGGAACAGAGAUUUUCCUACUCUCGGCAAUGGCGUAUGACCGUUAUGCUGCCAUAUGCAACCCAUUGAGGUACAGCACUGUCAUCAGCCCCCGUGUGUGUGUCCAGAUGGUAGUGGGAGCCUGGGUAUCUGGUUUCUUGGAUUCUCUGGUCAACACUCUCUUUUUAACUGACUUGCAUUUCUGCGGUCCCAGCAACAUUAACCAUUUCAGCUGCGAGUUGCCUUUGCUCCUGCAGCUGUCUUGCACUAGCACCUUCGCCAACGAAAUGGUGAUUCUCACCUUCAGCAUGACAUUGGGGUUUGCCUCCCUCCUCCUCAUUGUAGCUUCCUAUGUUCACAUCAUUGGAGCCAUUCUCAAGAUCAGCUCUUCAGAAGGGAGGCAAAAGGCCUUCUCGACUUGUGCUUCCCACCUCACGGUGGUCCUUCUUUUUUGCGGGACAGCUUUCAUUAGGUACAUGCGACCUGCCUCAGGGUACUCAGACACUCUGGACAAGCUGGUGUCCAUUCAGUAUAGCAUCCUAACCCCUAUGUUAAACCCCAUCAUAUAUAGCCUGAAAAACAAAGAGGUGAAGACAGCGCUAAGGAAACUAUUUAGAAGAUGA